AUGGAUGAUCCCAGCGUCGCACUUUGGUUGAUACCGCACGCGGAUAAUACAGCUCAGGAUCUCCUUCACGAUCCUGUGAACAGUGGGCUGGUUGACUUCAGUGACGACGGCCAAGGACGCUUUAAGAUAACCUUCACCAAGAAGUCAAAGAUCCAGGGGCGCCUUGUCUCCUUUGGUCGCCCGCAUGAGCGCCAUGAUAUCGUGCUCCCAUCCAAAGGCUUUUCCUCCACUGAACACUGUUAUUUCGACGUCAAUCCGAUGUCGCGUGCCAUCAUGUUGCAUGAUGUCUCCAAGAAACGCCAAACGGGACUUUUCCAUCACGUUCCGGAACCAGAGGGCGGCUACAAACUGUCCCCCGAUGAACUGAACAAUCCUCUGUCGAUCCGAACCUGCGUGGUUCUCCCCAACCAACAAUACACCUUCGAGAUCGGGAAAAUGAAGUUCCUCCUGAUCGCUCCAGCGAGGUCGGACAUGGAGCUUCGAAAAUUCGUUGACACUGUCCCCAAGGACUAUAAGACGAUUCGUGCUACAACCUACGCUAUCACUGAAACCAACAAAGGUACGGAGGGACCAUCAAACCCUCAAACGAGUCCCCGCCUUCACUCGGCACAUGCCACAAUCAGGCACCGGCCCGACCACUUUCUUGGGUCUGGAGGGGAAGCUGUGGUAUAUCAGUACCUGAACUUACAGGACGGCAACUUUUAUGCUUGCAAGAUUAUAUCCCUUUCGAAGGAUGCACCGGAAGUCCCAGGUCAGGGUCAGAAGGCGAACGAGGGCUAUGCCGCGGCAUUGAAGAAAAGGGUGGCCGAGGAGGUGACAGCGCUCAGCAAGAUGCGCCACGACAACGUCAUUUCCUACAACUACACUCAAGGCUGGGAUUCCAACCACGAGCUCCGAAUAUUCAUGCCUCGUUAUGAAACGACUUUGCGAGAAAUGUUACCGGACUACGAUCGACGUACACGCUCGGACUGGAGGUUGCGAGUGGACCGCAUGAUCAGUGAUGUGGGUUCCGCGUUGAAGUAUAUCCAUGGAAAGGGGUGUUUCCAUCGUGAUAUCAAACCCGACAAUAUUCUUGCCAACGGCCAGUCAUUCUGUGUGACUGAUUUCGGGAUGGCGAGAUUCCCCACGAGUACUGGACCUUUGCCAGUCAAUCGAGGGCACACUAGGCAGUAUGCGGCCCCCGAGGUCCUGCGAGAAGGACGCGAGACCUCUGCCGUCGACAUAUUUAGCUUCGGCGUCAUGAUUCUUGAGUGUUUGGCGUACUUGCCUCUGGUGGCUUCGCCAGGCAGUCACGAUACUCGAGGCGUUGCUGAGCGUACGUUGGAUGUCUACCCCAAAUACCGCCUUCGCCUCGGGCUAGAAUGGCCCGAGGCCGAAUCGAUGAUCUCCGACAGGCCUGCGAGGCGGCCUGGCGCCUCUCAUAUAUACAAGGCUUUGUUGGAAAGCGGCGGGGUCCCUAUGCCCGGCAAUGCGAGACGUGGCAAGAGUGGCCGCGAACCACGCUAUCCUAGCCGACGGUUGGCUCCAGAACGGAGGCUCGGAACGCCAGGCACUGGCGAGCAAAAACCCGCAACGAACGCGCGGUGGCCGAUGCUCCGCCGGUGGAAUCGCCAGCAUUCAUUCCCGAUCAGGUCCCCGACCCGGAUGCGAUGGAGUGGACUCCGACCAUACCGCACCGACCCGCCGCGCAGCAACAGCCGGCGCAGCAACAGCCUCCGCAGCAACAGCCUCCGUCGCUGCGAGCACGCGAGGCAAGAAAUGCGCAACGGCAACUGA